AUGAUACUCCGAAUAGCGGCAGUCUUUCGUUCCUUCCGUUACUCCUGGCGACUUAUCUUCGGACUGGCCGUUCCUCUUCUUCUUCUUCCAUUACCACUGGUAAUUGGUACUCAGGUGGCUAAGUGUGCAUAUGUGGUAUUAUUGAUGGCUGCAUUCUUCGUGGCUGAACCUGUUCCCAUCUGUGUGACAGCCUUACUUCCAGUUUUUCUGUUUCCACUUUUCGGAAUAUUGAGUACAGCAGAAGCCUGUUAUCCAUACAUGAAGGAUACCAUGAUGAUGUUUCUUGGAGGACUUAUAGUUGCUGCAGCAGUAGAAGAGUGUAACUUGCAUAAGAGAAUAGCCCUGAAAGUCCUUCUUCUUCUGGGAACAACUACCAGGUGGUUGAUGCUAGGAUUCAUGCUGACCACAAUGUUCUUGUCCAUGUGGAUCAGUAACACAGCUACUACAGCUAUGAUGGUACCUAUUGUUGAAGCUGUAUUGUGGGAGUUGGAGAAGGAUGUUAAUCGCAGUAAGGAUACCAUCUCCUGUGUGUCAGAUGUUGUUCUCCAAAUGGACAUAGUUCCUAUAGAUAUUGGCCACACGAGCUUACAAGUAAAACCACCGAAGUCCGAGAAAGAGAAGCACACAAGAGAUUCCCGCCACAACGGCGCAGAAAAAAGGAGAAAUACAGCAGAUGAUAUAAAUAUCCUAAGAAAAGCCUUGUUUCUCAGUGUAGCCUAUUCAGCUAAUAUCGGUGGAACGGCAACACAGAUCGGAACAGGGCCAAACUUGGUGAUGAAAGGCCUCAUGGAAGAAAUGUUUCCUGAAAGUACAGAAAUCACAUUCGCCACUUGGAUGAUGUAUAACGUUCCCGGCAUGCUUCUAGGCGUUUUCAUUACGUGGACAUUUUUCAACGUUUUGUAUAUUGGCUGCCGGAAAGAUGCUAAAGAAUCUACUCAGAAAGCAAUUCGACAUAUCAUUGAAAAGAAGUACGAAGAACUAGGACCAAUCAAGUUUCACGAAGGUGGAGUCCUGGUGUUGUUCAUUAUCUUGGUUCUUCUAUGGCUCUUCAGAGAUCCUCAGUUCAUCCCUGGCUGGGCAGACGCUUUGAAUACAGGCGUGAAAAUCAGGGAUGCUACGCCAGCGAUCGGCAUAUCUUUUCUUCUGUUUCUUAUUCCUUCCGACCCGCGGCGUAUAGGUCGCUGUCCUCCACUACUAGAUUGGCGUGUGGCCCAAAACAAAAUUGCUUGGGGCAUUUUGCUGCUAUUGGGUGGCGGUUUCGCUCUUUCAGAAGGUGCUAAGAAAUCCGGGCUUUCAGAUUGGGUUGGUCAUCAGCUCGUUCAUCUUAGUUUUUUGUCGCCAGAGGUCAUCAUUAUCGUAUUAUGUCUAAUGACUGCGUCUAUAACUGAGGUAGUCAGUAAUAUGUCCACUUCUACAGUCAUACUUCCUGUUGUGGGACAACUGGCUUCAGAGAUCCGAGUAAACCCGCUGUUCCUCAUGAUUCCCGUCACCAUCGCUUGUUCGUUUGCUUUCAUGUUGCCGGUGGCAAAUCCUCCAAAUGCUAUCGUGUUCGACAGUGCUGGUAUGAAAACAAUAGAUAUGGUUAAGCCCGGCAUCUUCCUCAACAUCAUCAUGUGUGGAGUUGACUUGAUGAUGAUCAACACGCUCGGUGUAACUCUCUUCAACUUGCACACUUUUCCUAAUUGGGCUGAACUAACUCCAGGUAUAACCACAGUGGUACCAACUAUACCGGAGGUGUUGCUAGGCAACUCAACGCCAUUUAUUGACCUUGGUAACAACCGAAAGCCUUAAUGACAUCAUUAAUGCAACCAUAGCUAUGUUGUGUUUACGGUUGAACCAGCCUUACAAAAUCUUACUAAGGUUUCUGUAUAGGCUGAAGUAGCUGUGUUGUAACCGGAUCUCUUCUGUAAAAUGUAAUUUAUUAUAUUGUCACUCAAGUAAUCAACUAAAAUAUAGCUUUUAUAACAUCAGAAUGCAAACUCAAAUUUAUCUUAGCGCUUUUAGGAUUGCUCUUCAGGUUCAAUCAAGCGCUUGCACUAAAGGUAGAGACUAGAACCAAUAUGUGGUAUAACAUUUUAGUGCCUUGAAUUCUGAGACUUUAAGUAGAUCUAGUCUGAAACCAUGCAACUGUUUAGUAUGACUUGGAGUCUUUGCAAAGCUUAUACACGAACCAGUACAUCCCUAGAUGACAUCAUGGGCAAUAUAUAUAAUUGCGUAAAGUACUGUUUAACUUUAUCUGCAAUUCAAAACACCUGAGAAUUCACUUGUAAUACAUUCAAGUUUUCUCGAGAUUUUAUGCACAACCCAAUAACUUUAUUUCUGUCCAGCGAUUUGUAUCUAUGAAUAGCCUUGUUCCUGUUAACAGUUUUCAAGCUAUGUUUUAGUAAAAAAUGUCUCAUUGUUGACAUGUUGGCUGAGUUGAAUAUCUCAACACACUUGCGAUCUGAAAAUGACAAAUUAUUAUGUGCUCUAAUAUCUGUAUAAAAUCAAUCAUAAGAGGACCUUUCGUUAAACUGAAACGGUUAUCUUCAGGGACAAGUUUUUGUUGUUGAUGUGAACAGUUAUAAAGAGAAAAAAUCAGGCUUAUAAUUGUAAAAAAA